AUGAAUCUGAUAAAUUUUCUUAUAAUAACACUUGUGACGAGUGUGCUCGAGUCUCAGGCAGAGUAUACUGGAGGUAACGAUCGUUGUGCCAAUGUGAAGGCUCCUUUUGAAGGCCUCAGGAAAAAGAGGCAUUUGACGUUUCCGCCUGGGACUGCCAUUGUAAUGACAUUGUCUUUGGUUAAGGCUGUCCUUGUUCACGCCCCAUCUGGUUGGAAUAUCGCCGUAGAAAUCGACGUAAUCUAUCCUUUACCGAGUCCAGAGAUGACGAAUGCAUAUUUUAAGAAAAAGUUCCAUCAUCGACAAAAGCGAGAGCUUUGGGAAACUAUUGAAGCUGCUCUUGGAAGUUACAACAUGAAUGGCCGGUCCUGUAUUUAUAGAAGUAUAUGUGAGGCAAAGCUGCACUUAGCACCAGCUGGGAGAUCACUGGUGCAUGACAUAUUAAGAAGUAUAUUUUCUGCUCCUGUCCACGAGGAGGAGUUCAAGAGUGAAGUAAACGAGACUUACGAAGAACUACUGGAGCAUAACAUCUGUGAAAAAAUCCACGACUGUCCUAUUUCACUAAUUGAAAUUAUCUUAGCCUUGAAUAAAAGUCGAUAG